GGCGAGGGGCAGCAGCCAAGAUGGCGGCGCCCUUACGGGCCGCGGCCUCGAGAGGUACCACGCCGCCGCCGUCGCGCGCCAUGCGGGCGGCGCUGGCGUCCUUGCAGGGGAUCUUCGCCGUCUACAAGCCCCCGGACGUUCCCUGGAAGCUGCUGCGGGACACGGUGGAGACCCAGCUGCUGCGAGACUUGAACUCAUUAAAGUGGCCAGCGCCACGACAACACGUCCGCUUCUUGCCUGGCACGGUGGAAGGGAAGGAUGGGAAGGAGCUGACGAUUACGGUUUCCCAGGUCCCUGUACUAGCUGACCAUCCCCUAGUUUCUGGACCAAUAUUCACCAAUUUGAAAAUUGGAGCAGGUCAUCUUCUAGAUAAAAGGUCAUCUGGCGUGUUUUUGCUGGGGGCGGGUCAUGGCAACAAGCUCCUGACGGACUGGUACAACGCUCACCUCACCAGGGCCUAUACAGUUCGUGGCUUGUUUGGCAAAGCUACCGAUGACUUCUCAGACAGAGGCAAGCUGAUCGAGAAGACAACAUUUGAACACAUCACAAGGGAGCAGCUGGAACGCAUUCUGUCUGUUAUCCAGGGAUCCAACCAGAAGGCCUUACUGCAACAUGCUAACAUUGAUUUGAAAACUCAAGAGGCUUAUGAGCUGGCUGUGAAAGGAUUAAUCCGCCCCAUGGAGAAAAGUCCGCCCCUGAUCACAGCAGUGCGAUGCCUCCAGUUUGCACCACCAGAAUUCCAGCUGGAAAUUCACUGUUUGCACGAGACCCAACAGUAUCUGCGAAAAAUAGUUCACGAGAUCGGGUUGGAACUGAAGUCUUCUGCGGUGUGCACACAAGUGAGGAGGAUACGGGAUGGUGUUUUUGUGCUGGAUGAUGCCCUCUUGAGAACGGAGUGGGACCUGGACAACAUCCGGAAGGCGAUCCUGAAGUCCAAACGUAAAGUAGAGGCUGAGCUCCAGAACAGUCUGGCUCACCAAGAAGCCGGAAAUGACUGUGGGGGAAAGACUGUGCCUGGAACAACUGCUGGUGACACGGAGCGCAGCAGAGAGGAAGGUACCAUACAAUCUGGUACCUUUUAGAAAGUGGCCAAGCACAGGGGAGGAAGGUACCCUGGACUGAUUUGUUCCGUCUCGAGUGCUAACAUAGCUUUUCAAAAGCCGAUUUCACACUUGGGGAAUCCCCUUUCCUUUUUUUUUUUGUUUUUUUGGUCUUUUUUUUUUUGUUUUGUUUUUCAGGGAGAGUCAUAGACCCUGCUAAUUUCUAGGCAUCUUUGUUGUUAAAUCUUGACAUUUUAACUAAAUGUGUCUGUCAGCUUUAUAAAAGUGACAACCUGGUUGUUAUACAGGUAUGUUUCAAAACCCCAUCCCCUCUAUUCCUGUCAAAAUAUGCUGUUUGGAUUAUUCCUAGCACCAAGACAAAACUUCUGAAAUUCACCUUAUUUCAAGUUAGUAAUGUCAAGUCUAGAGGGUGGAUUUGUGGAAUGCUUGUGUCUCUGAGGGAGGGAGGCAGGAUAGGAAUGAGUUAAUUCUGAUAGUAUACAAAGCCACAAGAAUGUAACUCUGUGCUGGUGUGUUCUUUUAAUAAAUAAAUCAUGUGAACCAGA